AUGGACGUCCAUGCCGUAAAUUACAAUGCGGGCGUUUCGGCUACACCAGCUUCGGCUGCCACCUCAGCUUCGGCUGAACAUACUCCAGGUGUUUCGGCUCCUGCAGUCCCCGCUGUCUUCGACCCGUCUAACGAGUAUUGUACUCCUGACAUGGUCUUCGUUUGGCAGCCCCCAUCUCCCUUUUCACAGUGGACACAAUCGACUUUUGUGGUCGAUGGAGUGAAUUGGGGCACACCCAGCAUGAUGCCGCUGGCCCAAUUAUUGCGAAUAAUCCGAUUCCGGUCGAUUCUUCGCUGCUCUGACAUAGCUGAGACAGUCCCCAUGGACGUCCAUGCCGUAAAUUACAAUGCGGGCGUUUCGGCUACACCAGCUUCGGCUGCCACCUCAGCUUCGGCUGAACAUACUCCAGGUGUUUCGGCUCCUGCAGUCCCCGCUGUCUUCGACCCGUCUAACGAGUAUUGUACUCCUGACAUGGUCUUCGUUUGGCAGCCCCCAUCUCCCUUUUCACAGUGGACACAAUCGACUUUUGUGGUCGAUGGAGUGGUAUACUCGUGUGCUGAGCAGUUUUUCGCUGCGGAAAAAGCUCGCCUUUUCGAAGACCAUAGCGCUUUGCAGAACAUCAUGCGAGUUCCCGAUCCUGCCUUACACAAGAAGUUUGGCCGCGGUGUCCGUGGUUUCGAUCCAUCCCUUUGGGAACACGAGCGCGAAAAUAUUGUGCUCACUGGCUCUUACGCAAAAUUUAGUCAAAACUCCGAGUUGCGCGAUCAUCUUCUGGGAUCUGGCGACAAAAUCCUUGCCGAAGCCAGUCCCUACGACUGUCUUGGUAACGUCCUGUGCGAAUAUCACGAUGUCUUCUCGAGUUCCCCAACCGACUUUGGAUCCUGUUCGCUUUUUCCUUUCAAGCUUGCAGUUCCUCCUGGCAGUGCACCCGUCACGUCUCGUCCAUACCGCGUUAACCCCCCGGUGGCGAAACAAGUUGACGCGAUCCUUGAUCAAUAUCUUGCGGCUGGUCUAAUCCAACAUUCGACCUCGCCUUACUCGAGUGCUUUGGUAGUCAUACUGAAGAAAUCUGGUGGUGUUCGCAUCACUGUCAAUUAUCGCAAGCUCAAUAAGCUUUGUACUUUGAGCCAGCUUCCGAUUCCUCGAAUUGAUGAUACUUUGGAUAAGUUGUUGAAAGGGCAUACUUAUUCCCUUUUUGACAUGAAGUCUUCGUUUCACCAAAUCACGGUUCACCGUGAAACAAUCCCUUUGACGGCAUUCGUGACGUCUUGCGGGCUUUUUGAGUGGUUGAAGAUGCCUCAAGGCAGUUCUGCUGCUCCUGGGUGGUUUUGCAAGGUUGUCAACGAAGUAAUCAAAAAUCUCCACGGUGUUGCAUCGUAUUUGGAUGAUCUGAUCGUUUUUGACAACAACCCUGCGUUUCAUGUUGAUACCAUGCGCGCCCUGUUUGAACGUUUGCGCACACACAACUUGAAACUCACCCCACCGAAGGCCACCAUUGGCACUACAGAAGCGAACUUCCUCGGCCACACCAUCUCUCCCGACGGUGUUCGGCCUAACGGGGCCAAGGUUGCGGCCCUCACUAAAAUGCCCGUGCCCAAGGAUGUUAAACAACUUCGCUCUCUUCUCGGCGGCCUCAGCUACUAUCGCAAGUUUCUUCCCAAUAUGGCUACCCGCAUUCGGCCUCUGACCACUCUUCUCAAGAAGCAGGCGACGUUCGUCUUCACCCCUGCCAUGGCGCAAGCUGUUCGCGUCCUGCUGUCUGAAUUGGCCAACCCUCCUGUCUUGGUUUAUCCGGAUUGA